AUCGGCGCCUGCUGCUGCUUUAUGAACUGAGCCGGCGGCUACGCCUCUUUCGCUUUGCUAGCGGAGGGGAUGAUCCGGAGCAGGUGCAAACCCAGGCAGACAGGAUCCUAAAUGGCUCCAGUAGGAAAGGAAAACCAACAAGUAUCGUUGCCCUUUCCGAAGACCCGAGACAAGCCAGAUUGGAAAGAAAACACUUUGCUAGCUGCAGGCUCUUUGAGCAGCAGUAAGAUCCCGGUGCUUUCCAAAAUCAGACACGCUCCAGAGUGGAGACAAUCCCAGCCACAGCCAUAUUCUUCCAAAGCAAGGACUUGCACAUUGGCUCAUUCCAAUCCAGUCCUGGAAUUGGCAGCUGGGUUACCCCACAAGACCCCAACAAGGGAACCCUUAUCAGACAUGCAGUUAACCACCUCCGGUUGUAGGAAUAAAGGUGAUGUGUCUCAUGGCAAAGAAGUGAACUCAGACGAGUUUGUGUCUGACCCAGAAGCUCUUGCUAGCAUACUAUCCAACACAGGGCUGACCCACCAGAUGGUGAGUGUAGCACACAAGCCCAGCCUAGCCCAGCGAAUUCCUCUGAAAGGGAAGAAAGCAUGUUUAAGCAGCAUUGGGAAUGCCCAUAGCUCCCUGGGUACAGAGACUCCUGCGAUGAACCCUUUUCGCAUGUCCCAUAUCUCUACGUCUGCUUCAACAGAUAUGGAUCGCCCACAGUCUUUGAGCCUUGGCUUAAAUACUCAACAACUUAAAACAUUGUCAACCACACUCAAGAAUUGGAAGCCCGGGGUGGAGAAGGCAAAGGCGAACCAACUCACAAGGACCGUGGAAGGGGACAGUUCAGCGUCCAGUCUGGAGGCAAAACAGCCGAACAACGUUGCUGGGGGCAAGCUGCCAACACAAAGCAGUUCAGUUGGCAAGAAGGAAAUUGCAGGAACCUCUUGGAAGGAGGAAGAGUUCACGCCAGACCCAGCAGCGAAAGCAAGCAUCCUUUUGAACAUAGGCUUGAGCCACUCUGCCUUUGGGGCCACAGGCAAAGUGAGCCUGGCCCAGCGGGUACCGCUGAAAGAUGCUCAGAAACAAUCAGGAAGGUGCGACAGUGUGCAGGGGGAAGAUCUCGCUCUGUCCCAGCCCCGCACAACUGUUAGGUCAGCAGGGAAGUAUGGCCGUGUGUCCUGCCGUACUACUCCAGGGCCUAAAGCUCUAGAGAAGCUGGAAGCUUCUGGAGCCCAGCAAACAAAUACACCAUUUGGGAGGUGUUCCAAUGCUGAAUGGUCACCUUAUGGACUAGCCAGAAGAGUUCCCAUUACUAACUCUCAACCCUUGCGCCGUGCGACCUGGACACGUCACCGUAUACGUCAUACUGCCUGUACCACGGACAAAAGGGUCAAAAUGAUGGACAGAGUCACUGGACAGAUGGGAGCUAUUGACUCCAAGGAAGAAGACGCACCUGUGCCCUGGGGGAAAAUAGCUGUGCGUCUUUUUGAGGAGGAAAUGGCAGCAUCGGUGAAGAAAGUACCCGCUAUUCCUGAGAUUAACAAAGAAAUGGGAAAGCUUCAGCGUAUUGAGUACCUCGCCAAGCUCUUGCAGCAGGAGAUGGAGGGUGACAUUGAUUAUGAGGAGACCCCCUCACUAAAGAAAUUGCACAAGCGCUUGACGGUUCACAGCUCACCAACUCUGGGGGCUUCUGAGCCUGAACUACCUUCUACACCUCUCCAGGAUCCUAAACCAAGCUUGUGUGAACAGGCUACAGACUUGAAUAAUGUGGCUGUUACCCCUGCACCUUGCUCCACCCACACCACUUCCAGCCAGCUGCAUGUCUGCUCCAGCCCCUCCCCGGAAGUAGUCAUCUGCCCUUCAUCCAGUGCGACGAGUAGAGGUGUCGCAAAACAACGGUUGGAUCACCUCCGCACUGCCCCCCUUCGUUUCCACGAAACCUGCCUAAAUGACGAAUGUGCCUUCUACACAUCUCGCCUUGCCUCCCUGGCUCAGCCCUUGGCACAUCGGUGCCAAGAGCCGGUGGCAAAAAUGCUGAACGCUCACGAUACCAUGCACUUUACACCCAUCUUGGCAUCUGCACCUAUUUCCCCACUUUCAGAGGAAGAAAGGACUCUACUCUCCUGAAAAAAGGAGCCGUGCCUUUGUUUUGGGGUUGGCCGAUGGGAGACAAGGGCCUUGGCAAUAGUUGAAAGGGAAGGAGGAAAAGCUGCAAAAGCCAUUGUGACAAGCAACUACAAAAUGAUCCUGCAUUUUCCAGGAUACGCUAACAUUAAUUGUAAACUGUUUUUUUUUAAAUAAAAUAAAACUGUAAAAGAGU